GGUCGCAGUCAUGUGUCUUUUGAGAUCUCUUUGCCUGGCAUCUUUGUUCACCGUGCUGUCAGCCGGCCAGGAUACGGUUUCCGACUCCCCAACUACGGUUAUUGACGCCCCAGAGACGAGCACGCCUCUGGUGGCAAAGUCAAUUCUUAACCGCUCUCGCUAUCCUUAUGUCGUCUCCAUCGGUACCAACACCAAAGGAUAUUACAAGCACCUCUGUGUCGGCGUGAUAAUUUCGAAUGAAUUCUUGCUUACUGCGGCCCACUGCAUUAAAAGACUGCCGAACCAGAAACAGGCAAAAAAGUUUGUAGCCGGUGGCGACGAUUUUCUCGGCAGCCGGAAGCAAACCCGGUUCUUCGUCGUCCAAGUGCAGUGGCAUCCCCAGUUUAAGUUGCUCGGCGGCCACGAUAUUGCCGUGGUCAGGGUCUAUCCGAAAUUUCCGCUCGAUGAUAAGCGAUUCCGAAGUAUUAAAUUCAAGAGCAAACCGAGAACGGACAGUGGCGAGAAGGUUUCUAUGCUUGGCUGGGGACGGGCGACUGUCGGCAGGAUCAAAAAGAUCCAGGAGACCCCCUUCAAGACAAUGCGAAACGAUAUGUGUAAGCAGAAGCACCGAUUCGUAUUCCUAACCAAAACUGACAUCUGUGCCUUGCACUUAAAAGGACCUCAAGGCGCCUGUGACGGAGACUCGGGAGCCCCCUUGAUGGAUGUGGCAAAUGAAAGGCUCGUUGGCUUGCUUUCGUAUGGUAAAAAAGCCUGCACACCAUUUCAGCCGUAUGCUUUUACUCGUGUCAGCGAUUAUUCGAAGUGGAUUCAGCAAGCUAUGGACUAUAUGGACACAGUUAUAAGUGUAGCUAAUCGAACUAUUUGGAAAGAUACGGGCAAGGGUUAAUCUGUGAUUGUGAUUGUUAUUUUUAUAUUCAAACUAUAAAAAGCAACACAUAUUUUUUAAAUAAAAAGAUAGUUUUUAUUGAA